AUGGCGACGAGGUCGCUUGAAAGUGCAAGCUCGUCUCCAUUGUCAUUUUACACGGCGAAUGAUUCAGAGAUUGAAGAAUCUACCACUGCGAGCAGCCCUACACAGACCCUACCUUGUCCAUAUCGUGAUGCUCGCCAGCUUCCGCGGGAGUUGAAGGGUCACUGCCACAUAUUUUUAGAAGAGCAGCUUUUCCCUAUACCGCCACCGAGUCAUCUGGCAUUGCUAAACACCCUCAUCAUUCAUCCCAUCCAUACAACCCGCGCCGAGAAACCAGAAUACCGAGACGUAUCCGCCCUGGCACUCGACUACUUUCGAAACCUGUUGACCGUCGUUGGCCCUGUCAACGCGGGGUUCCGCUCUGCCUUCCAGUUCCACGCAUCAUCACGAUGGACGCGUCGCUCAGGUUUCACUAGUCCCAACGCCGACAGCGACAUGUCUGAUGGAGACUCGGAUCGCGAUCACGACCGCCUACAGGGGCGCAUGGCCAAUGAAGGCAGCUUGUGGUCUCGGGGCCAGGAUCUCUGGACGACGGUCGGCUGGGCUUUCAACACGAGCAUACUGUAUCCUCAAAGGUGGCGUCAUUGGCGAGUUUGGCUCGAAUUUAUGCUGGAUGUUCUCGAAACAGACUGGGCUGAGAGAGAGCGACAGGACGAGGCGAGCCACGAGGCUAAGGGGGGGGAGGGCGCUGCCCCUCUUACUGCACGGAGUGAGUCGAUGGUGGCCAUGUACAUGGAGCAGAACAUGGACGGGCACGCGGCCUUGAAGCGCAUUAUCAAGGCUCUUUUUGCGGACGGCCAGUCGUUGUCGUCGUCUACAUUCCCCGAGGUGUUUGAGAAGGAACCGCGUGGCCCAAAGAAGGUGACCAAGAAGAGAAAGAGGGAGCAAGUUCUUGACCUGGAGAAUGGUAAGUUUGGAGACUAUUUCGACGACGACUCCAUUUCAUCGGGCGUCUCGGAACCACCCACCCCGCAGAAACCCCGAGAUGGAAGGAAUAGCGAUACAAUCGGGGUUCUGAGUCCCGCUUUGGUCGAGUCGAUUGGCAUUCGCCUGAGAUUCUUCAGGAUCCUGUCCGCUGCUACGGCCGUUCUCCGCAAACAGCGCGAGCUCGGCAAUCUAUAUGAGGACUAUGUACUCGCGAUCAAGAAGCUCCCUCUUCCACUCUACUCGCUCUACGUCGCGCAAAGAGAGAACCCGCUUCCGCCUGAAAUCCACGUCCCUCUCAUACAGGAGCUCUUUCGCCUGCUUCUGCCGCAAAAUUGCAAACGUACCGCAAAAAUCGACCCUGAAGGCGACGCGAAUGGCAGACUUACCAUGGACAUGCUAGAAUACUGCUACGUGCCAAUGGCAGCAAAUACCGUGAGCCUAGAAGACAACGCCAAACUUUCGCUGCUGGUUGAAAGUGCGAUCCAACUACUCUGGAUAUCCGAUAUGAUUGAAUACACGGAUAGUUUCGGGAACGCAUGCGAAAAGGGGAUACGGGCGAGAGAAGCCAAGGCCAAGAAGAAACGUACGGGGAAGGCGCACACUGAAUCGAGCGAUGUUUCUGCGAAGGAUGUGCUGACGCAGUCGGGGGAGAGGAUUCGAAUGUUAGUUCAGGUACUCAAGGAGACAGCUCUUGAUAUGUCUGAUUAG